CAACAAUUUCUUCAACAAUUGGCCCGCCCUGCUAGAAUUACUCAAGAUGGGCUUCUUCUCAUUCUUCAGCAGAUCAUCUCCGCCCGACUACGAGACUGUCCUUUCAAAGCUCGCCUCCGACGUCACAGAGGCAAAGACAAAUCUUUCCGCAAUAAGGCUCAGAGAGCGCAGAACAGCUUUGCUUGUGAAUCUGUACGGUGUCUCGUUCUGGGCUAUAUGGGCAGGCCUUUGGUGGGUCCGCAGCUUGCCGCUGGGACUCAUCAAGACGAAUUACGAGGAGCUGCUUGGGCGGAUAGUCGGUUUGGCUGGCAUCGUGGGGACACCAUUCCUUAUAUGGGUCCUCAACUUUGUGGUUCACGCAUACUUUUCUCGACAGCGAGUUCACGAGGAAACACACCUCAGAAAGCUCCUCAACCAGCAGCGCAAACAAGUAGACGAAAUCAAGAAAGCUACAAAUUACGACUCCACUCGCAAACUGAUCGAACGGUACGAUGAAGCGAACGGACUGGGCUCUCCCAUCGGUCCCAAAACGCCCCAGAGACCUGGCCAAGUAACUCCUCAGCACGUCACUCCCAGCUCGAAAGGUCCUGGUGGUACUCCCAGAGCUCCAGGCCAUCUUUUAGGGGCGGGUGGAACUCCCGGACCCGCACAACCCCAGACACCUCUUCCUGUCCCCCAAGGAUUGUCCGUCGAACAAGCCACUGCCUUCCACUUGCAAGCUGGUGCUAUCCAACCAGUCUUGCCCACCCCCGAGAAGAAGUGGUAUGACCGCGUGGUGGAUUCUAUCCUCGGUGAUGACCCUUCUCAAGGUAACCAGAACAAGUAUGCUCUUGUCUGUGAAGAAUGUUUCCGACACAAUGGACUGGUCGGUAGCAAGUAUGAAUGGGAGAGGAUGCAAUGGCUCUGUCCCCGUAUGUCUGAUCCUGGCGUUCCCUCUUCUUAGCUAACAUCAACAGGAUGCAACCACCUCAACCCCCCUCCUCUCUCUCGCCUGCCCACUGAUCCGAACCAGCCACUCUUGAACACCCCCACCCAACCAUCCAAGUCUCAGACUCAGGCCCAAGCCCAGGCCCCUUUGACUCCGUCCCACGCCCAACGGUCUUCGGCGGCUUCUCCCAGAGGCCGCCGUCAGAUGGGCGAUAAGGGUACCCCCAAAUCCUCAAGGUUGGCACAGGAGGUGUUCAAAGCGGAUGAUGAAGAAGGGGACGAGGGUAGAAGCGAAGAGGGUAUGGAGGUUGAUGAGGAGUGAGGACAGGUCUUAUAGAUGUAACGGUGGCAUACUUUUCACCACUGCAUGCAAAAUGAUACAUGGA